AGAAAAGAAGGAUUAUCACCAUAUGUCCUCUUCUAGUCUUCUUCCUCCGAUAGAAGUGUUAUUGGCUUCUUGCGAGCCUUAUCAAAAGGGGAAAUAAAGAAAAGUGUUCUUUCGAGCAAGCCGCCCAGAUCCAUCUAACCGCAGAGACCAUGGAGAGCGGCAAGAAACAGCGUCAGCACCACCACGUGCUGGUGCACGGGUUCGGCCACGGCGCGUGGCGCUGGUACAAGGUGGCCACCGCCCUGUCAUCCGCCGGCCACCGCGUCACGGCGCUGGACAUGGCCGCGUGCGGCGCCAGACCCGGGCGCGCCGAAGAGGUGUCGUCCUUCGAGGAGUACAGCCGGCCGCUCCUGGACGCCGUGGCCGCGCUGCCGGCCGGGGAGAAGGCGGUCCUCGUCGGCCACAGCUUCGGCGGGCGGAGCCUCGCGCUGGCCAUGGAGAGGUACCCUGACAGAGUCUCCGUCGCGGUCUUCGUCUCGGCCGCCAUGCCCGCCGCCGGGAAGCCCAUGACGCUCGUCUUCCAACAGCUUUUGCAAGAACAGCGGCCAGAAGAUUUCUACAUGGACUGCAAAUUCGAAACGAGCGGCGAUCCCGAGCAUCCCGUGGAGACCCUUCAGUUCGGGCCACGGUACCUGGAGCAGAGACUGUAUCAGCUCAGCCCCCCCUGGGAUCUUACCCUGGCGAUGGCGGCGGUGAGGCCGUCACAGCGGUUCCAGAAUGACGCGACGAUGAACGGCGCCGUGCUGACGGCGGAGCGGUACGGCGCGGUGAGGCGGGUGUGCGUCGUCGCCGAGGAGGACGCGUUGUUCUCGCCGGAGUUCCUGCGGCGGAUGGCGUUGUGGAACCCCGGCACGGAGGUGAGGGGGGUGCAGGGAGCUGACCACAUGCCGAUGCUCUCAAAGCCAAGGGAGCUCACGGAACUACUCGUGGAGAUAGCCAACAAGUACAGUUGAGAGGCAUGCAUCUCUCCUUUUAAACCUGAAUUACUCUGCAGAAUGGUGUUCAAGUAUGAAUGUCAGAAUCAUUGUCCCGAAAAAAUUGCCACGAGGAGUUUGCAUCUGCCUUGUCAUGAAAUAAGAUUGAGAUUUGCUCCUCGUCAACUGACUAAAAUCCAGCAUAUCUCUCAAUGGACACCACCCAGCCUCAUCUCCCUCAAUCCCGGCAAGCUCCGGCGAGCUUUUAAUGUCACAGAUUGAGAUUUAGAAUGUCCAGGCAUUUGUUGCAGAGGAAACUUCAGACAUGACUGUAACUAGAACAUUUUUCAUAGUUGUCAAAACGAAACCUGCAGUUUUCAA